CAGCCAUGUAACCUAUAAAGCCCCCAGUCACUCUCUUCUGUUUCAGCAGCUGUCUGCACGUCGACAAUGGCACAUAGACAUAUAUUGUGGAUCUUUACCCUAACUGCUUCACUCAAUCUCUCAGUGAGUCAUGGUCCUCUUGAAGGAGUGAGCGACUAUGAGGUGGUCCGACCCAUCAGGCUACAUUCUCUGCAGAAAAGAGAAACACAAUCAUCCAGACUGGAAACUCUGAAGUAUGCAAUGAGAGUGGGUGGGAAAGACAUUGAGAUGCAUCUUGAGAAGAAUGGCGAAUUACUUACCAACGACUAUAGUGAGACUUACUACACUGAGGAUGGUACACCAGUCACCUCUACACCUCGGGAUGUGGACCACUGCUACUACCACGGCACCAUUGUGAAUGACAGUGUGUCAACGGUUAGCAUGAGCACCUGCGAUGGACUCAGGGGAUAUUUCAGAACAGCCGCCCAAAGGUACCUGAUUGAGCCUCUGUCAGGGGGGGAUGAUGGCGAUCACGCAGUGCUGAAAUACGAGGACCAGAGCUCCAAGCCUGUGAUGUGUGGAGUCACCAACACUAGCUGGAAUGAAGACUACCCUCCCAUAACUAGCAAGAGCCGCUCUCGUGGCUCAGGUCCAUCUCUACUUCAACAGCAAAAGUAUGUUGAGCUCGUCCUUGUUGCAGACAACCAUGAGUACAAGAACAUGAAAAGUAACCUCAGAGAGCUGCGUAAGAGGAUAUUUGAAGUGGUCAACUUUGUCAACAUGGUAUACAAGCCCCUCAACACCUUCAUUGCCUUGGUUGGUCUGGAGGUGUGGACAGACAAUGAUAAGAUAUCAGUGACCGCCCCUGCUGGUGCCACCCUGGAUGCCUUUACCAAGUGGAGGAACAGCGACCUGGUCAACACCAAGCGUCAUGACAACGCACACCUCAUCAGUGGCAUUGACUUUGAGGGCUCGACGGUGGGUCUGGCCUUCAUUGGGACUCUAUGUUCAGAUCAUUCAGUUGGGAUUGUGCAGGAUCACAACCCCAGGGCCAUUGCAGUAGGGGCCACAUUGGCCCACGAGAUGGGCCACAACCUGGGCAUGAACCACGAUGACUCCAGUGCCUGUACUUGUUCUGGGAAUAGUUGUAUAAUGGCUGGGGCCCUCAGCUGGGAUAUCCCAAAGUCAUUCAGUAGCUGCAGUAGUGUAAGCUAUGACCAGUUUCUGAAUAAUCGUAACCCUGAGUGUCUGCUGGACAAGCCAGACUACCGGAAUGUGGAAUCAACCCCAGUGUGUGGCAAUGGCUUCCUGGAGACAGGAGAGCAGUGUGAUUGUGGCUCCCUGGAGGAGUGUACAAACCCAUGCUGUAAUGCCACCAGCUGCACACUGACUAAGGGCUCAGAGUGUGCUGCAGGAGCGUGCUGUGACAACUGUAAGAUAUUGUCCUCGUCCAGAGAGUGCAGAAUGAAGCAUGAUGACUGUGACUUGCCAGAAUACUGCACAGGGAAAUCAGCCGACUGUCCCGAGGACGUUUUCACUGUCAACGGGAUUCCCUGCGAUGGAGGACGUGGGUACUGCAACAACGGCCGGUGUCCACAGCACCACGCCCAGUGUGUGAAAAUGUAUGGACCAUCUGCUGAAACCGCCAGAACGUACUGCUAUGAGCAGAACACCAGAGGACUGUACUACGCCUACUGUAAACGGCCUUCAAAGGACCAGUACAUCCCCUGCCAGAGACAAGAUGUGCAGUGUGGGAAACUCUUCUGCAAGAACGGUAAUGACAACCCCAACUAUGGUCGCAUGGUGAAAUUUUCAGACUGCAAAGCCUCAUUCUACGAUGAUCACACCAGUGAUUUUGGACAGGUGGACACUGGGACCAAGUGUAAUGAUGGAAAGGUGUGCAGCCAGAAUGAAUGUGUGGAUUUUGAGACGGCCUACGGACCUAGAGUCACCAACUGCUCAGCACUAUGUAAAGGACAUGCUGUGUGCAAUCACAAAAUGGAGUGCCAGUGUGAGCCAGGAUGGUUACUUCCCGGCUGUGAUACAAAGGAUGAACGCUUCACAGGUCUCUCCAGAGAAGGACUGAUUGCCAUUGUAGUGACAGUCACUCUGCUGCUCCUGGCUGCUAUUGCUGGGGUAGUGGCUGUGUUCCUUAAGAAGAGACAAAAGUCCCCCACUCUCCCUAGCUACCAUACCCAGCAGAAAACCUAUGAAGGGUACAACGACCACAAUAACAAACUGCCAAUCCCCAGCCAAAACAACACUAUGCCACAACAGCCCAAGCGACCAAAGGGUGUUCUGCCCCCACCCCCUCCUGCUGCUAACCAAUCACGAGCCCCAGCCCAUGACUUCAGGGCCGUACGACAGGCUUUGAGGCCCCCACCCCCACGGGUCUGAUGUCGCCAUCGAGAGGAGAGGAAACAGGAGGAUCACACAGACCUUACCAAGAUCUCAAAUGCAGGGCUGCCAGAGCUGAGUGCAGUUAAUGCAUUGAGACCUCACGUCUUUAGGAUAGUUUUACAGAUAGUUGAAGUUUACAUACACCUUACCCAAAUACAUUUAAACUCCUUUUUUUUUUUUUACAAUUCCUGACAUUUAAUCCUAGUAAAAUUUUCCUGUCUUAGGUCAAUUAGGAUCACCACUUUUAUUUUAAGAAUGUGAAAAGUCAGAAUAAUAGUAGUGAUUGAUUUAUUUCAGGUAAAAAAAAAUUCAGCACAUUCCCAGUGGGUCAGAAGUUUACAUAGUAUUUGGUAGCAUUGCCUUUAAAUGGUUUAACUUGGGUCAAACAUUUUGGGUAGCCUUCCACAAUAAGUUGGGUGAAUUUUAGCCCAUUCCUCCUGACCGUGCUGGUGUAACUGGGUCAGGAUUGUAGGCCUCCUUGCUCGCAAAAGCUUUUUCAGUUCUGCCCACAUUAUCUAUAGGAUUGAGGUCAGGGCUUUGUGAUGGCCACUCCAAUACCUUUUACUUUGUUGUCCUUAAACCAUUUUUCCACAACUUUGGAAGUAUCCUUGGGGUCAUGAACCAUUUGCGACCAAGAUUUAACUUCCUGACUGAUUUCUUGAAUGUUGAUUCAAUAUAUCCACAAUUUUCCUACCUCAUGAUGCCAUCUAGUUUAAGUGUACCAGUCCCUCAUGCAGCAAAGCACCCCCACAACAUGAUGCAACCCCCAUGCUUCACAGUUGGGAUGGUGUUCUUUGACUUGCAAGCCUCUCCCUUUUACCUCCAAAUAUAACAAUGGUCAUUAUGGCCAAACAGUUCAAUUUUUGUUUAAUCAGAACAGAGGACAUUUCUCCAAAAAGUUUGACAAAUAUCUAUGUGCAGUUGCAAACUGUAGUCUUUUUUUAUGGCGGUUUUGGAGCAGUGGCUUCUUCCUUGCUGAGCGGCCUGUCAAGUUGCCGAUAUUGGACUUUUUUUGCUCUGGCUAUAGAUACUUUUGUACCCGUUUCCUCCAGCAUCUUCACAAGCUCCUUUUCUGUUCUGGGAUUGAUUUGCGCUCUUCACACCAAAGUACGUUCAUCUCUAGGAGACAGAACGCGUCUCCUUCCUCAGCGCUAUGAUGGCUGCGUGGUCCCAUGGUGUUUAUACUUGUGUACUCUUUUGUACAUAUGAACGUGGUACCUUCAGACGUUUGGAAAUUGCUCCCAAGGAGGUCUUGGCUGAUUUCUUUUGUCCCAUGAUGUCAAGCAAAGAGGCACUGAUAUUUCCACAGGUACACCUCCAAUUGAAGCUUCUAAAGCCAUGACAUAAUUUCCCAGAAUUUUUACAAGCUGUUUAAAGGCACUUCGUGUAUGUAAACUUUUGAUCCACUGGAAUUGUGAUAGUGAAAAUGUCUGUAAACAAUUGUUGGAAAAAUUACUUGUGUCAUGCACAAAGUAGAUGUCCUAAUCGACUUCGCAAAACUACAGUUUGUUAACAAGAAAUGUAUGGAGUGGUUGAAAAGUUAAUGACUCCAACAUAAGUGUAUGUUAACUUCUGACUUCAACUGUAACUACAAAUGAGCCAUGGACUGAGGAGUCCUCUCUGAGGAACAGAUGUCUUAUUGCACUUUUUAGUAUUUAUUAGCCAUAUAAUUUUAUACCUGUGAUUUGUCAUUGCCAUUUGAGGGAGUGAGUGCACAGUGUGAUAUAAUAUGCAAUUUAUUUUAUAAUACAUUUGCUCUUGGCUGACUGUAUAUGCCUGACUUUGAAUACUGUAAGCCAACAGUAAAUAGCUUUUAUCAAUAUUAAAUAUUACUGAGACAUUAGUCAGCAAUGUAAACACAUAUUCAGUGAGUGAGACCUUAUAUCUUUUCAGUGUAGAACAUUCUAAAUUUUACAUAACCAACUGAGAAAUGACCAUAUACCAUUACUUGAGGAACAGCAUUUUCUGUAGAAAUUGUUGCCACUUUAUUUUUUCUCUGAUUGUAGAAGAGGUACCAUCUGAUUAACAUUUUAAGCAUGAAAAAAAUGUAAUUUGUUUUGUUGUUGACAUGACAGUCCUGCUUAUGUAGAAUUGUGAUAUUUAUAAACAACAUUUUGGGCUCAACAUUUAAACACUGAAUAACCCAAUGACAUGCAUCCACCCAUUCAACCUGACAUGUAGAGAAAAUAGUAGCAACAUGUAGAAUAACUUAGAUCAAGGGAGACUAGAAUUUAACAAGAGCAUUGACGUGAGAAAGCAUCUGGCAUACCAUCGUAAAAUCCUCAGAGCUAAAAACUCAAGACAGCCAGGACACAGCCAGAAACGCUUAGUAUUUACAUUUUAUUUUUCAAGUGAUUCAUCUACAUAGAUUAAGAUUUCAUGGCCUCGCAUGACAAGUACUGUACUUGACAAAUAUUAUUUUCAUCCUUUUAACAGCUAAAGACUUUUGAAUGACAAAUAUUUCUGUACAUUCUGAGAAAUAUUUAAACUGACAAGAGGUCAGGGAUACAGCCCUACUAUGGGGCCUCUACUCCCCCCUAAGUCCUAGCUAACUUCACACCAAACCAACAUUUUAAGCGGUUGAGAAUGUGGGAUUUUUUUUAAUUUUUUUAAAGAGCAUCAUUUGACCAUUUUCUGAACCCACAAUACAGUAGAUUGUUUUAUUUUACUACCAAAAAGGGGCUGUAAAUAAGCAUCUCGGCAGUGACAACUCAAUGAACCUGACCCACAUUGAGUUGAAACAGGCUCCAGGAUCUCUCCAUGACCACUGAACACAAGAACAGGCCAUUCUCCCCCACCAGUCACACACAGGUGAUGGUGUUUGUUUAGGAAGUGGCAUGGCACAUUAAAAGCAACUUGUUUUAAAGCUGUAUAAUAUAUUAUAAAAGGGAAAAUUCACAUGAGAAUAACAAAUCAAUGCUUUUCUUGAAUGAUUGAAGACAAUAGAAUAACUACAUGUGUCAGAAGCAGUUUUAGCCCCCCCAAAAAUCUAGGGCUAAAACUCUAAGCACCGGUUCGAGUCACAAGUCCUAAAGAAGUCAAUCAUUAAAGGGUUCGGAGCAGGUGUUACAAAAGUGUCCAGUCCUCAUUCCUGCCAUGGAGGUGAAAGACAAAAAGGUGUCAAGACCAUAAUACUCACACUCAAUCAAAUGAACACAGAGGAAACAUCAGGAAUUACUUCUCUUUUUUACUGCAUGAUCAAUGUAUAGUCUGUAGUUGGCCCCCAACUUUGCACUACCACCGAUACUGAGAAUUGUGUCAGUCUGUGGGAUACAUGAUAAAGAGAAAGGAAACACCUAAAACAAUCCUCACAGCAUCACUGCGAAUGACUCAAUCUACUACUCUUCGGGCUACAGCAUUCCUCAAAUUGCUAGCAACUAAAGCAUUUGAUUGGAGCCCAUCUUUCCCCUCCGUUCAUCACACUGGAGUCAUCUAACACAUAUGCAUCAAAUCAACAGAUUGAGUCAAGAAACCCCCAAAACAUCCUUUCUGUAGUGUAGAGAGCAAUAUGAAAUCAAAGUGUCAUGAUUAGUAGUAUUACAACACAAAUCUUAUCUAAAAUUAACUUGGAGUUUCAGUUAAUUGUGGGACAAUAUAUGAGCGUUUUUCCCCCCAUCUGCUCCAUGGGAAAUAUUACCCCUCCAUCUUGAGAAGAGGACACUGGUUGUUCUUCCUUGAUAUUAGAUUGGUAUGUAUGUUUCUUUACCCAUCCAGAAAAUCCCUCUGCAGAACAGUUGGCCACUCUCAGUUCAAUGUCCCAGAAAAGCUAACCAAAUAGCAGUGCCACCACCACCAAGUCUUCUUGGAGAUGUACCAAUACAUACUUUAUGUCUAUAAACCCUUUCAAUCAGACUUUGGUUUUGCAGAAGAUUAUCUAAAUAUAUUAUAUAACCCCCCCCCCAGGGUUAUACCAGCACACUGGUAAAAAUGUUGGUUGGUGACAGCCUGCAAGCAACACCAACACUAUACAGAACACAUAAAACCAGAGAAACUAACCACCAUCCCUUGACACGUCACAUCAAUAAUGGUAGCAAACUAAAAUCAAUUCUUCCAUAUACAAUUUUUUCCAUAUCAUUUGGAAAAUGUACAUUCACAUGUCAUUUAGCAGAUGCUCUUAUCCCGAGCAACUUACAGGAGCAAUUAGGUUUAAGUGCCUUGCUCAGGGGCACAGACAGAUUUUUCACCUCGUCAGCUUGGGGAUUUGAACCAGCAACCUUCCAGUGACUGGGCCAAUGAUCUUAAAUCUCUAGGCUACCUGCCGCCUCAGGGCAGUUUCUCAAGGUUUAAAGAUUAAAUAGUUUACCCUAACUUUAAAAUACAGGAGGAACACAUUGACCCAAAGAAUAUCUAAACAGCAUUCAGUGGUUUCA